AUGUCGAAUCUGCCACAAGAGAAUGCGAAAGAUCGUAAUCAAGCCCUGGUGUCCGUUCUAAAAGAUCUAAGUCUACGCGUCAGCGGCGACGACAAGCGAAGGAUUGAAGAUGUACUUCAAGAUUUAGACGAGGAGGCUGAGUCUCCUGCUUCCAUGUCCUCGUCCUCGCGAGCAUCCGCUGCCCAGCAAUUUCAACAGCUUUCACGUUCGCACCCAUUUGCAUCUUCAUCUAGUCAUGUCCCAUUCGCCCCGGAAACAUCGCCCACUUCUGAUCAAUCGCCACUGCCCCGACUUGACGGAAUCGUCGCUGAAGAGUCCUGCGAUGAAGAAGGCGCCGGUACCAAGAACUGUGAUGUAGUUGAAGCGGGCUACUUGGGCCAGAUCUCAGAAGUCCAGUGGCUGCAGAGCCUGAGAAGUAGAGUGCAGGCUAUCGAGACUGUCUAUCUGGAUCCUGCCGACGUGUCCACAUCCCUAUCUCAUCCAGCUUCACCAGCCUUCGCUACAUCACCAACUUCGGUCCCGGCGAGCCCAGUUCCGCACGUUGCCCUGACCAACUACUAUCUUGACGACGACGGCAUCAAAUUGGCCGAUUGUGGAAAUCCGUUCGAGCUUCCACCAGAACACACUGCAGGCCUGCUAUUCCAUUGCUUUAGCACGACUGUCCAUACCUCCUUCCCUCUCUUACCUGCGACGCUCGAGAGCCAGCUGAGACAAUACUACGAUCUGGUACGGCACGGACAGGCUAUACAUUGCCCAGAGAAAUGGUUCGCUCUAGUAAACCUCGUGUUUGCCAUUGGCGCAAAGUUCUCGCAUCUUGUUCAGGCCAACUGGCGAGCAGAUGAGCUCGAUCACGUCGUUUAUCUUUCACGCGCCUUCCAGUUACUUAGCAUGAAUGACGCUAUUGUCGUUCUUUCGGCUCCAGAUCUGUCCACCACGCAGGUAAUUGAUCUUGACAGGGCCUGGGUCAUGGUCGGCAUCGCCAUGCGGUCAGCCUUCUCACUAGGCCUCCAUAUCCAAGACGGCAACUAUUCCAUCCCCGCUCUGAAACAACAAAGCAUGGUCCGUACAUGGUGGAGUCUGCACGCGCUAGAGAGUCUGUUGAGUUCGAUCACAGGCCGACCGAAUAUCAUACCCAACGAGGAUAUCACAACCCCUUUGCCCAGCGCCAUCCCAGAAGUCCAGGUUCCGGGCGUGAUUGCAACCGCCAAUUCGAGAUUCUUGGAUGCAGACUCCAAUUUGAACCUGUUGACUCAGCGAGCCAUUUCUGGACUCUAUACGCAGAGAAGAUCCCCGCCAUCAUGGGAAUACAUACAACAAACAAUCGUGUCAUUGGUGGCAGAUUUGGAAAAGUGGGCAGCGGAGUGCAUUCCUCAACUCAACCAGGAGACGUGGAACUUCACCCACGAGCAACAACGAGAGAUGUUCUUGCUCAAACUCCAAUACUAUAGACUGAGAAUUCUCACGACGCGGCCAUCGCUCCGUCGUAUCGAAAGAUGUUACGAGGCUGGGACCGACGAUUACAAUUCGUUAGACCAGUCGGUUGCGGACGCAUGCAUUCAGGCAGCACAAGAUGUGGCCUCGCUUUUGGCCGCCGAAUCCAAUCCCGCCGCCCUCUACGAGAAAGGGCCAUGGUGGUCGAUCGUUCAUAACAUCAUGCAAUCACUCGCCGUCCUCAUGAACGCAAUUGCCUGUUCUACCAGCUUCCGCGACCCAUCCAAAAAGUCGGUAGCAGCAGUGCAUCAGCUUGCCAACUGGCUUCGCGUCAUGCGCGAAACGAACAGCCUCGCCGCUCGCGCAUACCAAGUUGUAUACUCUAUCGUCAAAACAUCAGACCCAAGCGUCUGGGUCGACAUCGCAGACGCCUUCCCUGAUGAGAUGACCAUGGUGGUCCAGCAACCCGCCUCAGUCCCGUUCGAUCCCAAAUAUCUGCCAUGGCCCGGCAAAGAACAAUCUUCCGAUGCGCUAUUUCGGUACGAGCUAGACGACUUUGGCAACUAUCAUUUCCACAUGCUUUGA